GCCGUGAUGCUUGCAGCACACCACUGCGGUGCGCUUUGUCUUGAAAUAUAACCACGGGACCGCUGCCUCAGAUGACGCUUUGGUGUGCUCCCUUCCCAUCCCCACUGCGCUUGUAUCGCAUGCUGAUGGACCCCACAGAACCUCCUGGUAGAGCUCGAUGCAGCGGCUGUUGUGUACUGUCCGAGGAUGACGAUUUGAUAUGCCACCUGGCGACCUGCCUGUCAAUGAACCCAUUAAAACCGUGACAGUGACCA